GACAUGGAGCAAAGGAGACAAUCACUGGUAAGCCUUUUACUGUAGACUGGCUAACAUAGUGUUUGGUUCUUUGAACUAACUCGUGAUUGUGGAGGAUUACAACGGCAGUUUCCCAUUGUAGUAAAACAAAUUAUGCAGGUCACAGAUGGGACUGUGUAGCCACGUGAAGUAGUCUCGUUUUAAAAACUAAAUGGAAUGGCAGUACACUUGAAAUCUUCAAACCCUAACACUGUCAGAUUGGUUAUCUUCACUUCAACACACUUAUCCAGCACAAAGAGCGCAGGCCUAUAAAAGUGUUUCUCAAAGUUUGAUUUGCUGCGCCGCACCCCUAAACCUUACCCCAAGAAUUACAUUUCCUCCCCUAACCUACACACACUUUUGGAAGCAAGGGGAUCUGCUGAUUUGUGUACACUUGUGUUUGAAAAAAUCAAAAGAAAGUUCAACUAGUUUUGACAUUAAAGAAUCCCCAGGAUAACACCAACCAAGACGGCAGGGGUUAAAAGAUGCGAAAAUGUUAUUUUUUCUUCGUUUGUGGCUGCGUCAUCGUAAAUCUGGGUGUUUAUCAAUUUUUUCAAGAUCUGAGUGUGACAGACGGACAGACGGACAUUUUGCACAAACCUAAUAACGGCUUUUUCCCCUUACGGGGGCCGCUAAAAACACCACUUUUAAAUGAAAAACUUCAGCUGAGUAAAUCACACGUUGUGAAGUUCAUGUUGUCGUUCGACUCAAAUAACACACAGAUUGAUCUACAUGUUUACGCCAACUCAUCAGCCAACAAUGAGAGGGCUCUAACGCUACCUAGCUCAACACAAAACCCAAACAACUCUUUGGCUAAUGAAUCCUCUUCGUCCACAAGAACGACAACUGCUCAGCAAUCUGCUACCUCCCGGGCCAUUGCAACGAAACUCUACCUGACCACUUGGUUCAUGGGUCGCCUCGGUAACCAGAUGUUCAUCUAUGCUUCGAUGGUAGGCCUGGCCAGGGCACAGAACAGAGUGCCUGUAAUAAACAGCGGGGGAGAUCUGGUGAACACGUUUCAGAUUACCAACCUCAAUGAAAACAUUAACACAAAUAGAUGGAAAUGGGUUAGUGAGUCAGCCUUUGCUAUAUUCGAGUCAAAGCUUAUGAAUCUCCCACCCAUUAACAUUAUUGUCACUGGAUAUUUGCAAUGCUGGAGAUAUUUUCAGCACGCUCAAGAUGAAAUUAGGCGGGAAUUUACUUUCGUACCUUCCAUACAGAAAGAAGCAGACGCUGUACUUGCAAGUUGUAGAUCAAAACUACAGAAUCACGUGAUAGUCGGCGUGCACGUUCGACGUGGCGACUUAGUCUUAUCCAGAAAUAAAAGACUCGGCUACGGAGUUGCGAAAGCGUCCUAUUUUGUCAAAGCCUUCGCUAAAAUGAGGUCAUUACUACCCAAUCAAAACAUAACAUUUCUGGUGGCGAGUGACGAUUUGACUUGGUGUAUAGACAACAUUAAUGAUACAAGCGUUACAUUUUUACCCAAAAUGGAUGCCGGAAGUCACUUCGCCAUUUUGUCCAGCUGUGAUCACGUGAUCUUGUCAAGCGGAACGUUUGGUUGGUGGAUCGCCUGGCUGGCCAACGGGACCACUAUUUAUUACAAAGAUCAUAUCAGGAAGAACACUCCAUUGUAUUUUACAUAUAAAGACAGUGAUUAUUAUCCACCAUGGUGGAUCGGCCUUAGAAACUGAAAACAGAAAGCUUGUUUGAAAAAGUGACAAAAUUCGAAAAAUAUUUUAAGCCACUGAAAAAAGUUCCAUCUGAAUCUAUAAAAAAGAAAUAAAAGCGGUACAAAUGUG